CUCGUCAAUCCUCGUUGCGGCAUUUUCGUGCAGCCUGCCAACGGCCUGUCAUUGCCUUCGAUGCGGCGCUUCUAGAAUCCGGUCCCUCCCGACAUCUGUCUCUGUCGAUUGACGAGAUGGGCAUCUCCGCACCGGCCGGAAAACUGGCAUGCCACGGGAGUUCCGGUGAAGACUCACCAGAAGCGAAAUGAAACCGCCGGGCUCCACCCGCGGAUAUGGGGUAGAGAUGCUCCACUGCAACCCCCGCACCUUAAGCCCGAUUGAGGGACCACGGUAGUAGUCCGCAGUCGCAGAGAAUUCACCCUCAGCUGAGUUGCCCGUCGACGCAAUGGGCCAUUUGCCGGUCCCCAGGGCCCCGGGACUCCUAUAUAAGGCUCCACUCGCCGGCUGCCCUGUUCGAGAAAAGUCUCAAUUGACCCAAUCCCCUAACCGCCACCAUGAAUCCCUCAGACCCGUCGAAAUCGAAGAAAGAGGACCCUGAGAUCCCUCCGUACGAGGAUGCCACGCAUGAUGCCGUGUUUGGAGAAAUCACGGAAGAAGGACCGAACUAUCGUAAUGUGGGCUUUCUGGGAACCAUCGUUCUCAUGAUGAAGACCCAAAUAGGCCUGGGCGUGCUGUCCAUUCCCACGGCCUUCAAUGUUCUCGGCAUGGUUCCGGGUGUGAUCUGCCUGAUCGCCGUUUCCUGUAUCACCACUUGGUCUGACUACGUGAUCGGUACCUUCAAGGUCAACCACCGUGAAGUCUACAGCAUCGACGACGCCGGCGGCCUAAUAUUCGGGCCUGUGGGCCGCGGAUUCCUCGGCGUGGUAUUUACUCUCUUCUGGAUCUUCAUCGACGGCUCCGGGAUCCUCGGCAUCUCGAUCAGCCUGAACGCCAUUUCCACCCACGGCGCCUGCACGGCCAUCUUCGUCGCCGUGUCCGCCAUUCUAGGAUUUGCCCUCGGUAGCAUCCGCACUCUCGGUCGUAUAACCUGGCUCGCAUGGGUCGGACUCCCCAGUAUUCUAACCGCAAUUCUCAUCGUCACCAUCGCCGUCGGCGUACAAGACCGCCCAGCCGCAGCACCGCAGACCGACGGGCCCUGGGUCUCCGACUUCAAAGUCGUCGGUAAUCCCACCUUCACCGAGGCCAUCUCGGCCGUCUCGUCCCUGCUCUUCGCCUUCUCCGGAACCCCCGGCUUCUUCUCCAUCGCGUCCGAAAUGCGUAACCCGCGCCAAUACACCACCGCGCUGCUGAUCUGCCAGGCCGGCGUAACAACCGUAUACAUCGUCAUCGGCGUCGUGCUGUACUACUACUGCGGCUCGUACGUCUCAUCGCCAGCCCUCGGCUCCGCCGGCGGCCUCGUCAAGCAAAUCUGCUACGGCAUCGCGCUGCCCGGCCUCAUCGUCACCACGACCAUAGUCACACACAUCCCCGCAAAGUACGUCUUCCUGACUCUCCUCCGCGGCUCGCGGCACCUGACCAGCAACACCUGGGUGCACUGGAGUACGUGGUUCGGCUGCACGCUCAGCGUCACGGUGAUCGCGUACAUCAUCGCCAGCGCCAUCCCGGUGUUCGACUCGCUGGUGUCGCUGAUCGGCGCCCUGCUGGGCACGCUGAUGUGCUUCCAGCCCAUGGGCUGCAUGUGGCUGUACGAUAACUGGCACCGCAAGAGCGAGGGGUCCAAACGGUGGGUGCUCAUGGUCGGCUGGAGCGUGUUUGUCAUUGUUCUCGGCACGUUCCUCAUGGUGGCCGGCACCUACGGCUCCGUCGUCGCCAUCAUGCAGUCGUACAAGGCGUCGGGCGGGUCGGCGGCGUUUUCGUGCGCUGAUAACUCGAACUCCGUGUGAGUUGUAUAGGUAGUGGUAGACCUAUAGAAAUGAGACAUGUAUUGUAUG